CAACCAGCAGUUCAGUAUGUCUGGGUUUGAUGCUGAUCGUAUUUUUUCCGUCUCAAUCCAUGACGCCCCCGAGCCAACAUUUCCUGAAUCUCCUUCUCAAACGGAGAGACUCCUUCUAGACUUCCUGCUGCAAUAUCGGAUUGGAGGGGAGUUUGUCUAUAGGGACAAGCUACGCGCGAAUCUGUUACUGAAGCAGUAUCACCUGGAGGUGGACCUUCGCCACGUUGGUCUAUACAAUGACGAGUUGGUGCAUGGCAUACAAGAGAAGCCCGCAGAGAUCCUGCCACUGUUUGAAACCGCCGCGACAAAAGCAGCGCGAACAAUCCUCUUUCCUCUCGCCAACAGUCACGGCAACAAUGCCGAUACCACAGCGCACUCCAUUCCUAACAUCCAGAUACUCAUCAAGUCUGGGCUGAAUCUUCAGCAGUUCCGUGACCUAUCUGCCAACACAAUGAACAAACUCGUUCGCAUACCCGGCAUCGUCAUCUCCGCUUCCGUCCUAUCCGCUCGCGCUACGAAACUGCAUCUCCAAUGUCGUGCGUGUCGUAGUCCCAAGAUUCUCUACCCACCAAACGGCUUGGGUGGUUUGGGAGGUGGCUCGGAUAAAGGAUUACCUCGAGUCUGUGAUGCACCAGAGAUUGAGAAUCAGAAGAAGGAUUGCCCCAUGGAUCCAUAUCUCAUCAUUCAUUCGAAAUCAUCAUUCUCAGAUCACCAGACGUUAAAGCUGCAGGAGGCACCAGACAUGGUGCCAGUCGGAGAGUUGCCUCGCCACAUGCUCCUCUCUGCAGAUCGAUAUUUGACUGGGCAGGUCGUUCCUGGUUCACGGGUGAUUGUGACCGGCAUCUAUUCGACUUUCCAGGCAGCGAAGUCGAAAUCCGGUGGCGCAGCUGCGCUGCGGAAUCCUUACCUCCGUCUCGUGCAUCUCGAGGUGUCGUCUCCAUCCGCUGGCGGGUCCGGAGGCUCAAAUCCAUUCGGCAUGCAAUUCACUCCUGAAGAAGAGGAGGAGUUUGGCGAGAUGGCUCGCAGCGAAGGCUUCUAUGAGCGCUUUGCUAAGAGCGUCGCACCCAGUAUUUUUGGCAGCCUCGAUAUCAAGAAGGCAAUUACGUGUCUACUGUUUGGCGGCUCGAAAAAGGUGCUCCCCGACGGAAUGAGGCUACGAGGAGAUAUCAAUGUCCUGCUAUUGGGUGAUCCCGGUACAGCGAAGAGUCAGCUCCUCAAGUUCGUAGAAAAGGUUGCCCCAAUUGCAGUAUACACGUCAGGGAAGGGCUCGAGCGCUGCCGGUCUCACAGCAUCUGUACAGCGUGACCCAGUCUCACGGGAAUUUUACCUGGAGGGGGGAGCUAUGGUCCUCGCAGACACAGGUGUGGUAUGCAUUGAUGAGUUCGAUAAGAUGCGCGACGAGGAUCGGGUCGCUAUCCAUGAAGCGAUGGAGCAACAGACAAUCUCCAUCGCCAAAGCCGGUAUCACCACCGUCCUAAACUCGCGGACGAGUGUGCUUGCUGCAGCAAAUCCAGUUUGGGGUCGAUAUGACGAGGGCCGUAGUGCGGGAGAGAACAUUGACUUCCAAACGACCAUCUUAUCGCGGUUUGACAUGAUUUUCAUCGUGAAGGAUGAACACAACGAACAACGCGAUCGGAUGAUUGCAAAGCAUGUCAUGAACAUCCACAUGAACCGACCAAAUGACAAUGCUGACGAAAACGGCGAAGCUGUGGGAGAGAUCGACAUCGAUAAGAUGAAGCGGUAUAUCUCGUAUUGCAAAUCAAAAUGCGCACCACGGAUUUCGGCGGAAGCGCAAGAGAUGUUGAGCAGCCACUUCGUCUCGCUGCGUCAGCAAGUGCAGCAGAUAGAGCGAGACAGUGACGAACGCAGCUCCAUUCCCAUUACUAUACGUCAACUCGAGGCCAUCAUUCGCAUUUCGGAAUCGCUGGCAAAGCUAGCCCUCUCUCCAGUCGUCCACAACCAUCACGUCGAAGAGGCCAUCCGCCUUUUCAAGUGCUCGACAAUGGAUGCCGUGUCCGCUGGUUCUGUCGACGGACUGUCUCGUGGCGCGUUGAACGAUGAGAUGAGCGCGAUCGAGAAGGAAAUCCGGAGACGGCUGCCAAUCGGAUGGAGCACCAGCUAUCAGAGUCUUGUGCGCGAAUUCGUGACGCAGCACGGCUACUCUAGUCAUGCACUUGAGCGCACGCUUUUUGUGAUGGAGAAGAGGGAGAUCAUAAGAUUCUCAGGACAGAACAAGGUUGUUCACAGAUCGGGUGUGUGAUAUGCUGGUGGUGUGUUUUCCCGGACUGUGGUCGUAUGCAUUUGUAUACUCUUUGGCUGUAUUUAUAUAAUAUAGCGUCUUACUCUCUUCGCAUCGCAACUAUGUCCGAUGUGACUGCACAGCAUAGUCGUUAUUC